AGUCUGAGGAGGGAGGGGAGCAGGACAUCAUGCACGUUCUGGGCAGCAUGGUCAUGGCUCUGCUGAUCAAAUACUGGAUCUACAUCUGCGGGGGAAUGUUCUUCUUAGUCAGCUUCGAGGGAACCAUCGUCAUGUACAAGAUCAUCUACAUGAUGAUGUUCCUCUCCUGCGUGGCGCUCUACCAGGUGCACUAUGAGUGGUGGCGGAGGAUCCUGAAGUACUUCUGGAUGUCGGUGGUGAUAUACACCAUGCUCGUCCUCACACUGGUCUACACCUUCCAGUUCAACAUCUCCCUGCCUUUCUGGACUGAUCGGCUGGGAGUGAAUAAACAACACUUGAAGGACCUCGGCCUUGAGCAGUUCGAACUUACCGUUCUGUUCACCAGGAUUUUUACUCCCACGUCCUUCCUGCUGGUGUGUAUUCUCCACAUGCACUACUUCCACGACCGCUUCCUGCAGCUCACAGACCUCCAGGCUGUCUUGGCUAAAGAGGAGAGCACGAUCUACAGGUGA